AUGUCUCUCAACGCUGUCCGCAGCUUUUCGAGUACCACCAAAAAGAACCUUCUCAAGCUUAUUGGAAAGGUGACCUUCGAGGACGUCCGGACGUUGAACAGCCCUGACGGCGAAAGAUGGGUCUCUUCCGUGCACAAGAUCCGGGACGAGGUGGAAGACUUGUAUGACAGUGUUACCGAAUAUGAAAUCCAGGGUGGCAAAGCCCACAAGUCAAAGAAGGACCCGGCAGACCCGGAUGAUGUCAUCACUGUAGGUUUCUAUAGCAAGAGCGGCACGCGAUUGCUCAGUGGGCAUGUUCAUGCAAACGGAUCUUACAAGCUAGCCGAGAGCCGUGCAGGAAGGGGCAAGGGUAAAAGCCAGGGCAAAGAUUGA